AUGUUGGAUAUACAACUGAUUAGUUGUACUGAUCAAAAUAUCACCUGCACAGUGAAAUCUUUUGAUGGUAAACUAGAUUGUGUUAUAUCCUCUAUCUAUGGUUUUAAUCAUCUGUGUGCAAGGAAAGUAUUAUGGUCUGAAUUGAAGUCUAUUCAUCAAACUAUUGGUAAUACUCCUUGGCUAUUAUGUGGGGACUUUAAUGCUAUUAUUAGCAAUGAAGAUAAAAUUGGAGGAAGCAUGCUCACUAAUUCUGAUAUAGUGGAUUUCAGAACUUUUAUAAAUGACUGUCAACUUGAUCAUUUGAAAACCAUUGGGUGUUUUUAUACAUGGAGCAAUAAGCAGGACCAUAGUUCAAGGAUCUGGAGCAGAUUGGAUAGAGUGCUGAUUAAUGAUAAUUGGAUUCAAUCCUAUAAUUCUAGUCAAGUUGAAUUUCUUGUGCCAAAGAUUUCAGAUCACUCUCCUGGACUUAUUACAGUUAGUGAAGAAUGUUCUCAAGGCAAGAAACCUUUCAAAAUUUUCCAGAUGUGGACAAUGCAUGAUUGUUUUCUCCCCACAGUUUCAAAUGCUUGGCAACAAAGGAUCAAAGUGUGUGCUAUGUUCUCAGUUUGCUCAAAAUUGAAAAAUCUGAAAAUUGCAUUGAAGGAUAUUAAUAGGAGAUUCUUCUAUAAUAUAAGUGAACAGGUUCAUCAUGCACAACAAGCUCUGGAAGAUGUUCAAAAAGAGUUACAAGUUGAUCCUAUGUCUUCUGUUUUAAUUGAGCAGGAAAAGAAAUGCAUUUCAAAAUACAACACCUUGAAGGAUUGUGAGUUAUCUUUUUUCAAACAAAAAGCAAGAAUUGAUUGGAGUAUCCAAGGUGAUAGAUGCACAGAAUUUUUUCAUUCAAUGAUUAAAGCUAACAGGCAUCACAAUAGAGUCAUGCUUCUCUAUAAUUAUUUGGGUCAAAGACUUACAGAGGGAGAUGAUAUUGUAAAUGAAUUCAUCACUCAUUUCAAAAGUCUGAUGGGGACUGCUGUGGAUACAACUCCUCCUAAAAUUAACAUUAUUCAUUCAGGUCCUCGCUUGGAUGAUUCUCAAGCCAGGGAAUUAGUUGCUCCAGUUACUAAAGAAGAAAUCAAAAAAGUUAUUUUUUCCAUGUCAGAUAAUAAAGCUCCUAGACCAGAUGGUUUCAAUGUUGCAUUUUUCAAGUCUUCUUGGAGUGUGGUUGGAGAGGAAGUUUUUUUUUUUUGA